AUGGAUGUUUAUGGUCUCCAAGACCAUGGUUUCGAAGGGUAUCCUUUCACCUGGACAAAUGGUAGAAGGAAUGAGGACAAUAUUCAGGGCUGGUUGGACAAGAGUUUGGCUAAGGAAAGUUUUUUCAAUAGAUUCUCACCAAUUAGGGUUUCUCAUUUGGCUAGAUAUGGUUGUGAUCAUGCAACAACCGGAAUUCAGUUGGAGUCUGAUAAUGACUCGAAAAAUAGGAAAAGGCCAUACAUCUUUAGAUUUGAAGAAUUGUGGUGCAAAGAUCCAGCUUGUGAAAAUUUGGUGGCUCAAUUUUGGAAUAACAGUACUAAAAUUGGGUUUCAAAAGUUAGAGGCCAUGAAGGAGUUGGAUGACACAUUCAAGGAUUAUCGUAGCAAUAAUGUGAGAAAAGAGAUUUGCAGAAUUGAGAAUUUGCUGAAGGAAGAUAUCAAAUGGGAUACAGAUCGGUCUAAAAUUGAGGCGUAUAAAGCUCUGGAAAGACAGAAGGACAAUUUAUUACAGAUGGAGGAAAUAGCUUGGAGGCAAAGGAGCAGAGUUAUGUGGCUUAAUCACGGUGAUCAAAACACUAAGUUUUUCCAUGGAAAAGUUAGUCAGAGAAGGAAAACAAAUACCAAUUGUAAGCUUAGUGAUCUUACCGGUUGA